AUGAGAAAAGAAAAUGCUGGUUCAAGUUCAUCACAAACUCCAGAAUUAGGAGAAAUAAAGCUGAGUUUACCUCUUUCCGUCCUCCAGGACCCUGAAUGGGACACGACGCUGCAGUUCCUCCCAGCGUCGGAUGGCCGGAAGCUGGAGAAGAAGCCGGGCUUCAGGAGGAAGCUGUGGAUGGGAGUCGGGCUGCUGCUGGCGGCCGCCGCUCUGGCUCUGCUCACCGGACUGCUGGUUUGGCAUUUCCACUUGCGUAAUGACGUCAGAGUGAAGCGCGUCUACAUCGGAGCGAUGGAAAUCAGCAGCCAACCUUUCCUGCCGGCCCACGAAGAUCCCAGCAGCAACCAGUUCAGUCACCUAGCAGCCCUGGUCCGACAGCAGCUGAAGCUGAUUUACUCCAGAAACUCGGUUCUCAACAAAUACUUCAAAAACUCCACUGUUCAGGCCUUCAGUGAGGGAGAUGGCGGCGAUGGCAGCGUGGUGGCGUACUACCAGUCAGAGUUCGAUGUUCCCGUUCCUCAGCAGGACUCGCUGGACGAAGCCAUCGAGUCUCUGGAGCCACCGGCAGAAAGUCAGCCGAGUCGACAUGGACGAAUCCUGCUGAGGCCCAAAGAAGCUCUGGACGUCAACAGCGUCGUCUCACGAGUGAUCGACCCUCGCAUGACCAGAACCUCAUUAGUUGAGGAGUCCUUCGACAUCCACGUCCGUGACGAAGCCUUCCUCCAGUCGCCCGACUUCCCCGACUCUUCGUACCCUGCCAACGUCUACCUGCAGUGGAGGCUUCGGGCCGAUCCAGGCCACCGAGUCCAGCUCAAAUUCCACACUCUAAUCCUGGAGGACGACUGUCAGCAAGACUUCAUCAAAAUCUACGACUCGCUGGUUCCCAUCGAGCACCGAGCGCUGACAGAACAGUGUGGAUAUCCUCACGACUCUCUGUCCUUCUUGUCAUCUGGAAACGUAAUGCUGCUGACGUUGGUCACCAGCGAGGACAAGAACUUCCCUGGUUUCAAAGCCUUCUACUCCCAGAUCCCCUCAACUGAACUCAAGUGUGGAGGUAAUCUCACUGCAGAUGAAGGUUCCUUCUCUUCACCGUUCUUUCCCUCCAACUAUCCUCCACGGACCUCUUGUGUCUGGACCAUUGAGGCCUCGAAGGACAAGUUUGUGAAGGUUCAGUUCAACAAGUUCUCUAUGGGGAACCAAAGCAGCCAGUGUUCCAAUGAUUACGUGGACGUCAACGGUCAAAGAUUGUGUGGCAGAAAGUCAGAAAGCACCGUGAUCACCAGCAGGAGCAACAAGAUGACCAUCAAGUUUAAAUCGGACUUGUCCUACGUCAGCCAGGGUUUCAGUGCUGAGUACGAAGCCUUCGUCCCAACCAACCCUUGUCCGGGAAAGUUUCAGUGCAGCAACAACCUUUGCAUCAACAAGACUCUGCAGUGUGACGGUUGGAACGACUGUGGAGACGACAGCGACGAGGUCAACUGCAAGUGUAAGGCAUCGCAGAUGAAGUGUAAAAAUGGUCGCUGUAAGCCGAAGUUGUGGGAAUGUGACAAGAAGGACGACUGUGGGGACAACUCUGAUGAGGAAAACUGUGUAAAAUGCAAAAAAGGACAGUUUUUCUGCAGAAAUGGGCGCUGUAUCUCGGAGAAGCUGGUGUGUAAUGAGAAAGACGACUGCGGUGACGGAUCUGACGAAUCCAAAUGUGAAAAAUCUCUGGUGCUGCAGCAGUGCUCUGAGUUCACCUUCAGCUGCACCAAUGGACGCUGCAUCAGCAAACUGAACCCGGAGUGUGACGGAGAGCGAGACUGUGAGGACGGAUCGGACGAGGCUGACUGUCAGUGUGGGAUGAGGCCUUACCGGAGCUCUCGUAUCGUGGGCGGUGAGGUGUCGAGGGUAGGCGAGUGGCCCUGGCAGGUCAGCCUCCAGAUCAGGGGGACGGGACACGUAUGUGGGGCUUCGGUUCUGAGCCGCCGCUGGCUGCUGACUGCUGCCCACUGUGUCCAGGACAACGGACCCAACAAGUACUCCCAGGCCAACCAAUGGGAGGCGCUGUUGGGGCUGCACGUGCAGAGUCAGACCAAUGAGUGGACGGUGAGGAGGAACAUUAAGCGGAUCAUCGCCCACCGCGACUACAACACCGUCACCUACGACAACGACAUCGCCCUGAUGGAGCUGGACACUGACGUCACCCUCAACCAGAACAUCUUCCCCAUCUGCCUGCCGUCCGCCUCCUACCAGUUCCCUGCUGGCCAGGAGGCCUGGAUCACUGGCUGGGGCGUCACCAGGGAGGGAGGCGUGCCGGCGACCAUCCUGCAGAAGGCGAUGGUUCGGGUCAUCAACAGCACCGUCUGCAAGAGUCUGAUGAACGACCCAGUGACCAACAACAUGAUGUGUGCCGGAGUCCUGAAGGGAGGAACCGACGCCUGCCAGGGCGACUCCGGCGGUCCGCUGUCCGUCACCGGCGCCGGUGGACGGGUGGUCCUGGCCGGCGUGGUCAGCUGGGGCGAAGGCUGCGGACUCAGGAACAAACCCGGCAUCUACACCCGAGUCACCAAAUACCGCCGCUGGAUCAAGGACAACAGCGGAGUUUAGCUGCCGGAAGCUCUUCCAGGUUUACGUUUUAAUGGAGGUUUAGCUCAUCGUUAUCAUUAAUAUUCAGAGCAGAGGCUUCAGUUAGACAUUUUUUAAGUCAGUUUUCUUUCCCGACGCAAAGAGAAACGACUCCAUUAGCCGACACACACCUCAGAAUAUGGCGCCAUCUAUGGGUCAUUCCAGAACUGGAGGACAUUCGACUGAUCAACCUUUUCUUUUACAGUUUUCUGCUCCAUAUUGAUCAAUAAUAGAUAUUGAUUGGCUCAGCUUCCACAUCAAUGGUAGCAUUUUUCUUCCAUGUCUUCUGUGUUUUUGCUAACCCUACUCUAAUCACAGUAACAGGGUUGCUAAUCCAUGCUAAUGUUAGCUUAGCUAGAUAUUUAGCUAGCUGUUACUGCUGACCAAGAGGACAAACUGACUGAUGGAAAACAGUCCAAAGAAUGAGUCUGAUCCUGAUAAUAUGAGGUAGAAUGAGAUGUUCAAUCAAGGCUGAUAAUGGAUGAAAAGAUGGAAAAUAGAAGAGAGGACACAGCUUUGAUCUACACAUUCUUUAGGAACACUGUUUGAUGAUGGAAAUGACAAAAACAAGAUAGAAAAUGGCAAAAACGAGACACAAAAUAACAAAAACGUCAUCACCAGGUUCUGCUAACAUGUUGUGGGACACGGUCCAUGUAUAAUAAUUAUUACUUAAAAUAUUAUGUUGAUUAAAAAUGUUCCAACAAUUACAGAGACAUGAAUGAAGAAAAUAAAAAACCCAAAAAGUUUUAAAGUAGAUGCUAACUGUUUUAUUUGAGCUUCAGUUUGUUCCCCCUGGGGUGGACAAGAGAAAAAUGGCAUUUUAGGAGGAACUCCAGACUUAUUUGGUUUUUAAAAUAUUAAAAACUUUUUUUUUUAGAUUUAGGAUUUUCUACAUGGAUUAUUGGAUGUAAAAUGUCCUCCAGUUCUGAAAUGAUCCACAUGUUGACACAUAUUCAUUCAAAAACUACAUUGUUUGAUAUUUUGACAUUAAGUCUGUGGACUUAACUGGUUCUAAGUUGUAAUCUUUAAUAAACUGUUAAUAAUAAUGUUGGAAGGAAGGAUGUCUUCAGGAUAACUAAUUAAGAAUUCUUUUGUAGGACUUUGUGAUGAUGCUUCAUCUUCAAGAUUGUAAACAUUAAAAAUAUUCUCAGGGGUGAAAAGAAGAAUUCUUCAGUUUCUCAGUAUCUGUAGUCAUCUUAAACAGGAUUAAUGGGUUGAGGUGAAGUCAGAGGUUUAUUUCAGGGCUUCAGUGUUGAUUCUUAUCAGCUUCUUGGAAAAACAAACACAUUUAGAUGAAUGGUUUCAAAAUAAAAGCUCAGGAACCACCUUUGUUCCAAGCAUGCAGGAAAACACUGCAAAGUUUAAAUGAAAACUAAAAAUGUUUGAGAAAAUUUCAAAAUAAUCUUAAAAUUGACUUAAAGAAAACAGUCCAAAAAAGUAGUCAAAUGUUUUUUUUUUUUUUCAUCUAAUAUCCCAAACUAAAGAUAUGUUACUCUUUAUUGUUAAAUUAUGAUGAAUUUUAGAAGAAUUAAAUUAAAUUUCUGUGUCUGUGAGCUCAAACAAAGCAGCAGAUUGUAUUUAAAAAUAAACUAGACCUUUAGAAGUCAGGAGCCAGCUGACGGUAAACCAGUGGCUAUUUGGCGUUGCUAUGACGACACUUUGUAAAGAAACAACCAAUCAAACUAACUCAGUUCUCCAUGUAUGAAGAACAGGAUCCAGAUAUAUAGUCUGGAGGACAGAAUGUCUAAACUACUGAGAAGUUUCACCAAACUUAACUUCAGAAGUUCCUCAGGGAACCGUACUGGGUCCUCAGGAGGUUCUUUAAAUCUUAGGGUUCCUGCUGCUUUGUUACCGUGUAGUUAAUAGAACAUAAAACAACAGCACAUUUAAGGAAUCCUGAAUGUUUAUUGGCUGCUCCCAGGUUGUGUCUUUACAGUAACACACAGACAGGGGGCGCCUUUCCUCCAAAACCGACAGAACAAAUCAGUAAAAUUAUCUUAAGUGCUUUAAUUAGUAAUAAAUGAAUGAUAGGUGUUAGCUGAUAAUCAGUAAUGAUCAGUUUAGGAAUCAAAAUAAAUCACUGAAGCUCCAUGUUUAGUUUUUUCCACUCAUGUUGAGAUGUUUUUCUCUCUGUUUGAGCGACUCCGCCUUAAAGCAGCUGUUUCUGUUACAGUUCUGUUUUUUAUUUGUGUUUUGUGUUUUUUUAUUCAAGUUUUGAAGAUGAAUGUUCUGCUGGUUGUAUUUCUACGUACAGUGUUUCCUCAUUUAUGUAGCUGCUGGGUUUUAUCUGUAGUUUAAUGUGGGUUGCAGCAGGAUUAUGGGUAAUUUAACAGAUAUAGUAAUGUCAAAUGAAGAAUGAAGUAUUGGUUCAGAUUAACCUGGGUUGAGGCUCGUCAGCCUGAGAGGUUCUGCUUUAGUUUCUUUAAAGGUUAAUUUAAAAUCAUUUUAAGAACUUGGUUUUUACUCUGGGUGAAACUGGCUAAUGCUAAAAUGGCUAAUAUCUUAAAUGAAGGCUUAUUAAUGCAGUACUCAGUAUGCAAAUGAUUGUUUUUAUUGCUGUUCAGUGUUUUCUUCGUGGGACCAACUUUGGGGCCAAAUUUCAUGCAAUAAAAAAGCAACGACACAAACAUUGA